UCAAGACGUGCUAAAGGCGAAGAGGAGGAAAGAGGUUAUAACGAGCAUUCUUCCAUAUAACAUAGUGUGCCCUAAGGAUCAGUAAAGCACGCGGCGAUGUAAACACACAGUCACCCAGCAGCGGAGCAGAGAUGAGAGGGAGGCAGUGUCAUUAGAGUACUAUGUGUUUGCCUUACACUCCACACAUAGCAGUUUGAGGUCUUGCUAACAACCUUUCAUCAUCUCUUCUGGACAGUGCCUCACUCUCUAAGUACCAUUGUGGAACCAGUGUAAGAACUGGCAGUGUUAGUGAGUGUUGUGGUGGCAGGGAAGCAGUGAUGGCAGUGGACGGUCUGUUGUCACUGCGAUGGAACAACCACUCGUCCUCCUUCCUCAAGCAGCUCUCCUUCCUGCGGGACAAGGAGACCUACAGUGACCUGACCCUGGUGUGUGGAGGUCAGUUCUACCAGGUGCACCGGCUGGUGGUGUCAGGCUGCAGUGAAUACUUCCGUACUAUCCUGGAGCACAUUCCUUGCCGUCACCCAGCAGUAGUGCUGCAGGACCUGCCACCACGCCACCUGGAGGCUCUGCUCAGCUACAUGUACCUGGGCCAGGUGUCUGUGCCACAGGAUGACCUGGGUGGCCUAAUCAAGGCUGCUGAGUGCCUGGCCAUCAAGGGUCUUGCCGUGCCAGACGAGCCCACUUCCCCAUCCCAGCAGGAGUCCCACAGCCGCCCCACUGCCACCACAGAGGAAGAGCCGCCCAACCCUAAGCGGCGCCGACACGACAGGGAAGCCAGCAGCCCUGUCCCCACAGCACAAGGGGAUGACCCUGUCACUGAAGACCACAAUGAAGUCAGGGGAAGAGAUAGGGGGAGCAGGGGAAGCAGCCCCCAACCUGCCACUUCCACCUUCCCAUCACAGCAACAGCAUACCUUGAUGGAGGAGAGGACAGUGUUCACAGUGAAAGAGGAGAGGGAGGAUGAGGUGAAAUGUGAGGACAACAUCCUGGGGCUGACUGACCUUGAUGGAGGCCUGGUGGGUCCUGAAGAGGCCAGCCAAGGUGAGAAGGGCCAGACUACCUACAGCCCAGCAAUUUCUGGUGGUGGUGGUGGUGGCAGCGGUGUUCUCCCACAGUACCCUGCACAGCCACAGUCAUUUAAGGAGGUGGUGACCCAGGCACUGCCGCCCACUUCAGGGAUGGAUGGGGAUGCCAGCCAGGGAUGGGAGGGCAGCCAGGGCAAGGGGGAGCUGAUGCAAAGCUUCCACUUGGACGCCUUCUCACCCCAGCAAGAGACAAUUCCUCAGACACACCACACACCACUCCACCAGAGGGGCCGAGGGAGGGCAGGGUGGAGCAGGCAAGGCCCCCACCAGCAGCUCCACUACCCAAGCCUGCAGGGAGACCUAGGGACUUGGCCCACCAUCAGCAGGACCACCGUCCCUCAGACGGCAGGGGAGGUCGGUGGCAUGUCUGACCGUCGGUCCUGUCAGAUAUGCGGCUACAAGGGCCAGGAUGUGUCGCAGCUGAGGAAGCACCUGCGUAUCCACACAGGGGAGAAGCCAUUUCAGUGUCCCAGCUGCUCCUACUCCUCGGCCCAGAGUAGUAACCUGAAGGUGCACAUCAAGAGGCACCACCCCACAGUGUCCCAGAAAGAUGACGGCCACAGGGACAGCCAGCAGGCGCCCUUCCUCAUCCAGUAAUGCCGUGCACUGAGGCAGCACACGGAGGGAAGGCAGUGUUGCCCACUCAAGACUGUUGCAGGAACCCUCAAUGGCCAUGAGACUACAAGGCAGAGCUCCACAGGAAGACAACAACACAUCACCACCAGCAGUCCUUCCUUUCCCUCUGCUCCCCUGCACGGCAUCGGGGGACAGGGAGGCGGAGACUGCGGGGAGGCCUUGGCGGGAGUGGCGAUGCAGCUACCCAGACUGUGGCUAUGUAACAGACCGCGAGUCGUGGCUCCGGCAGCACGUCAGAAAGCACACCGGGGAGAAACCAUUCGCCUGUCCACUCUGCACCUUCCGUUCUGCUCAGAAAGGGAAUGUUAAUGUUCACAUCAGGCGCGUUCAUUACGGUGGUGUCAUGCCUGUGAGUUCUGACCCACCCCCUGCUGCUACUACUAGUGUGGCUGCCUCCUCCCCCACUUCCUCUGCUGCUGCCCCAAAAGUAAACAUGCAGUGGUUCAUGAAGGGUAAGGUGCAAGGGGCUGAGUUCUCAAAGUCACAGAAUGGGGUGUGUCAGUAGUGUGUGUGUGUGUGUGUGUGUGUGUGAGUGUGAGAUAAGAGUGCCAUAAGGGUCUUGCUGCCUCCAAACACUGUAUUAUGCAAGCAGAGGGAAAACAUUGAGUACUUGUAUUAAAGAUUCAUCAACAUCAAGGAAAGAAAGUGAAGAAUUAAGAAAAAGAUUCAUUCAAAAUACUUAAGUAACUUCACCACAAUUUAAGGUAAAAGAAUAUGAAAUUAAAUGAAAUAUAGAAUCAAGUAAGAAAAACUAAACAGGAGCCAGUGAUGAAAAAAAGUGAUUUGUAAAUAACACUAAAUGACUAAAGAUUGUAAAUAAAUAUAGCACUACAUUUACUGAUAAUUAGAGUGACAUUUACUGAGUGUAUAAGCAAACAAACAAUCUCUGGACUGUAAGCAUUUAUAUAGAAGAGUAAUUUGGUGAAUGUAAGAGAGUUUUGUGUAAGAAUGUAGUUAUAUCUAGUCUUCACAUGCAAAACUGUACAUAAUUAUGUAAAUAUUAUGUAUAUACUUCCAACAAAUACCUCAGACACAGUACUGUACUCAUGUUAACCUGAAUUCACACUGAACUGCAGGAAGAAACAAAGUAACUAUGAACACAAUCUCAAGUUCCCACAAUGCAUCAGGGAGAAUAUUAUAGGAAUUUAAGUUUUAGGGGAAGUAAAAGAUGUGUUUUUAGAAGAGAAAUAAAGUGGAUUUUUUAUUUA